CAAGAGAAACUCUCUCGCCAAGGCAGGGUCUGUCUGUCUGCUGCGGGUUCCCUGCCUGGUUGCUGGGGAGGCUUUUCAGCGUGGUAGAGGCAGCUGGAGAGUGGAAAAGCAAAGUUCAUGCUGCAGCCUCCGCUCGUGUUCGAAGAGGUCGCUUUGUGGAGGAUGGCCUUCUGCCCAUUCGUUUGAAGUUUUAACACACUUGUGGGAUAGAUGGCUGCAGCUAAUAAGGGCACAAAGCCUAAAGUGGGUGGUGUCCGCUUCGCCGCCAGCCAUCCCGAGGAAGGAGCACACUCCCACGUGCACUUCGACGAGAAGCUCCACGACUCCGUGGUCAUGGUCACCCAGGAGAAGGAUGGCAACUUCUUGGUCAAGGUAGGGUUUCUGAAGAUACUGCACAAAUACGAAAUCACGUUUCUUCUGCCUCCCAUUCAAAGGCUGGGGAAGGACGUCUGUGCCAUUCCGCUUCCAAACCUUAACCUUAAAGUCAUCAGCAUCACACCAGUGGCUGAAGGCUACAGUGUUAAGUGCGAGUACACCGCGCACAAAGAAGGGGUCCUGAAAGAAGAGAUGGUGCUGUCCAGUGAGACCCAUGAGGAUGCCUGUGUCAAAGUGGUGGUUCAAGCCCGGGUCAUGGGGGGAGAUGCCUGGCUGCCUGAGCAAUGCAGGGGGUGUCGGAAUUACCCCAGUUCAGACCAGUUCUCCACCAGUAUUCUCUCUCCAAAGGUGGCAGGUCACACCUGUGCAGAGGAAGGUCCUGAACACCCCCUGUGAGAUGAUGACUCACCGGCACGGUGCCUCCUGCUGGUCGUCUUGGGAAUUAGCUCAACUUCAGCUCCGGAGCGCCCUCUGCUGGCCAGUGCCUCAUCUGCCUCAGGCCCCGUCUCCCUCCUGGACCCCGGUGCCCCUUUACCUCGGGGUUCUGCCCCAGCAGUACCCCCCACACUCUGGGUUUCCCCUCCAAGGGGAACCCCCAGCCCUCUAAACCCAUCUCGCCUCAGUGGCCACUGCCAGUCAUCAUCUAGCCCCUCUCACUGGGGCAAACUGCAGUCUGUAAUGGCCACUCAUCAUUGGCAAGGGGUUAGGACGUGCUGCCUUUGCCGAUUCCCAGGCUGCCCCUCUGCAGCCCCAGUACCUCGGUAGGCCUUCAACAAGGCCUCAGCCUGGGGUUUUACCAGGCUGGAGCUCCCCAGCUCCCUUCGCCCUUCCCCAGCACUGCUCUGCUUCCGGUACCUUGCUCCCAGGCAGCCAGGCCCUUCCCACUCCAGGGCUAGAGUGAGACUCCUUCAGCUCCUGGCCCCUAGCCCUCUUAUCAGGGCCAGCCGGGCCCUGAUUGGGGAAGCAGCCCAGCUGUGGCCAGCUCAAUCAGCCUAGCUUGGGUGCUUUUAACCCCUGUUCUCCAGGAGUGGGGCAGGCGCCCCACUACAUUCCCUCAUAGAUCAUGUUUUGCUCUUCUCUGGACUUUCUCCAGUUUGUCCACAUCUUUCCUGAAAUGUGGUGCCCAGAACGGGACACAAUACUCCAGUUGAGGCCCAAUCAGCGCGGAGUAGAAAUGGAUAAUAUCCUGUGGAUCAACAGUAAUUUCUCUGCUGUUAAGUUCCUGUCUAUGUCUCAGAAUUCAGAAGAAUCUAUCAGAUUUAAUGAUCAAAGAUGAUCUCUCUCCUAUUUCACACACAACUCUUUAUUCACCUCUGCUUCUAUAUACAUUAUUACUCAUUUCACCCUCACUCAUCACUGGUGUUCUUUGACAGUGAAAUUACAUUCAGGAUAAUUAAUUGAUCAGAAAGCCAUGCAGACUCUGCAGUUGUGGUAUCUUUCCAUUUUUUUUCUUGACCUGGAAAGUGACAGAAAGCUUGCAAUUUAAUAUUAAUUUGCAAUGAGGGAAGUGAGAGGAUGUGAUCUUUGUCAGUUUUGUUAAUUGGAAAUUUUAAUAGGGAAAAAUCUGUGUGAAAGUCGAGAAUCUCCUAAAAUACUCCCUGUCACUGAACUUGUGGCAUUGCAGAAUAUGGUAUUUGUACCCUUUUGUACAAGGAAGGUCUGGGAACGUGUGUUGUGAUUGUUUUGUUUGUAAGGUUUGACAUUCCUGGUAUUUCUAACCAUCCUUAUGGAUGGAGAAAUCUUGGGAUGAUUCAGAUGUGAAGUAGGAGCUGCUAAAUGAAAGGCUGUAUGCCACAAUCUCCACUGGAGAUCUUGCCACCCACCUAUGCCCUGAUUCAGGCAGGGACAUAGGCAUGUGCCUACCUCUAAGCAUGUGAGUAAGCCUCAUUGACUUCAGUGGAACUAUGCAUGGGCUUAAAGUUAUAACCCAUCCUGAAGGGCAUCCUGAGUCAGGGCCGGAUUGCAUUGAACAGGUGUUAAUAAAAACGGUUUGAAACAGUCUCAGUAAAAACCACACUCUCCCCAUGAAUCAGGUUUCACUUGCUCAGUUUCGCAGGUGCCAGUGUAACGCCAACAAACGCGGCGGCGGCGGGUGGGAUCAAACCUGGGAGAUCUAAAGCUUUGUGUGUGAACCUCUACUGCGUGAGCUGAAAGACAGGUGGCUCUUAGGCACUGCUGUAGCAGAGGGUAGGCAACCUACGGCCCGCGUGCCAAUGGCCACACACGAGCUGAUUGUCAGGGGCGCUCACGCUGCCCGGGUCCUGGCCACCGGUCCGGGGGGCUCUGCAUUUUAAUUUCAUUGUAAAUGAAGCUUCUUAAACAUUUUAAAAACCUUAUUUACUUUACAUACAACAAUCGUUCAGUUAUAUAUUAAAGACUUAUAGAAAGAGACCUUCGAAAAACGUUAAAAUGUAUCACUGGCAUGCAAAACCUUAAAUUAGAGUGAAUAAACGAGGACUCGGCACACCACUUCUGAAAGAACAGGAGGACUUGUGGAACCUCAGAGGCUAACAAAUUUAUCUGAGCAUAAGCUUUGGUGAGCUACAGCUCACUUCAGCGGAUGCAUUCAGACAGGUUGCCGACCCCUGCUCUAGCUGAUCUAGCGGCCACUAGAGGGCGACAGAGCGCCACACCAAGCAGGCCAGAGUUACACCGGCAUGGAGGACGCUGGAGGUAGAAGGCAGGACACCUGGGUUCUGUUCCCUCCUGUGUGACUAUGGGCGAGUCGCUCCUUCCCCUCCCACGUUUUGUCUCUUUAAACUGUAAGCAUUUGGGGGCAUGGACUGUCUCUUGCUAGGUAAAGUGCACAGCACCCUGGGGCCCAACUUCUAGGCCCUAUUGAUUUACAAAUAAUAAGAAACUCCUUGUCCAGAAAGCGACAGAAAGGUGCUUGUGAACGAUACCAGCUGUGGUCUCACUGGAAGGAUCGAUAUCCCUCCCUCCUGGGAAGAGAGGGUAUUUCCACGAUCCAUGCCUAAGCUAGCAUAGCCGGGUAUCAGUGAGCAGCCGGUGAUCUCCGUCCCUGUAUUGCUGUGUGAGCAGAGGCCAUUCUGUCUUGCAGAUCGCCACCACGGCACGCCCAUGCUGCUGGAGGGGGUCCGGUGCAUCGGGGCGGAGCUGGAGUACGAUUCGGAGCAGAGCGAGUGGCAGGGGUUCGACUAGCCGCUGCGGACUGCCGUCUCCUUUUAGGUUUUAAAUUUAAGCUUGAAAUGUAAGAAAAACAAAUAGUUCACUGGCUGCAGGAUUCUGAACGCUCUAGUUUUGUGGUCACCAAUGGAGCUUGUCUUGUGAGGUCUGGGUGCUGCGCUUCCCCCCUUCCCCUAAUAUCAAACCAAACCGUAGGCCACUAGUGUAAAGAGCAGGUGGCGGUUUAAUGACUCCGGCUCCGAGCUGAGAGCAAAGCCGGGGCCGUCACGGAUUGGGCCAGGGUUCUCGUCCUCUUUUCAGCCUUAAAACUAAACUCUGUGUGUGUGUGUGUGUGUGUGCGCGCGCACGGGGCUGUACAUGCUGGCAUACGAGUGCAUGCCCGACCUCCUGAGCAAGUGUCACCUACUGGGCAUCUCGCCUAUCAGAAUAUUAUUUCUUAUCCUUAAAUGUUGGUUAUUUUUUCCUUCUCUUUAGUGAUCUCAUCAUCGCAUGUGGUGGUGUCCAAGUUUCUACAGCUGCCAUUUAAAAAUGGAACAGCUGCUGUUUUCUGCAGCCCCCAUGCUGCGGUCGGUAAAGACACCGGGUGGGGUGCUGUAGCAUCAUGUGCUUUGGCUGUUUAGUUUGUGUUUAGUCUCCAGAGUAGGUCCAAAAACCAGGCAUUUGUUGCCUUCCUGAGAUUCAGGAGCCAUCUCUUGUCGCAAGCCACACGGUGUCUUUUUCUCUUUCUGCUGCUGCAAUUUUACUUUAUUUUUCAUGAUCUUCCAUGAUGCAUGUUUAAACGCUUCGGGCUGGAUUCUGAGCCCAGUUGCAAAUCUGGAAUUAACUCCACUUUCCCCCAGUGGGUGGCUCCAGAUUGAUUCCAUUGGCUUUUGGGGAGCUUACUCCAAGUUUACACCAUUGCUGACUGAGAGCAGAAUCUGUCUCGUAAGGGUGCAUUCUGCCUUCAGCUGUGCAGAUUGAACUCGCUCUAAAAGCCAUAGGGUUUGUGGGCAUGUGUCUGAAGGCAGAAUUUCCCCUUUAGGCUGGGUCAUUUGAAGGCAUUCAGGAGAGUUGGGGCGUAGUCCCAUUGGGGGUUGGGUGCUUCACCCUCAUAGACACCUUUGAAAAUCCCAAUCUGAAUUUUCAUUUCUUAAAUGUUGUCUGGUGGUUUUUGUCUUUUAAGACACACGGUACAAGGACCAGAAACAGUGGUUCCGUUUUGAAAGCAACAGAAGGAUUUAUGUGCCUCUCUCUAUAUACGUGUACGUGUGGGUUUUUACGUACAAAAAAAAUCUAUAAAGGAAAAUAAUAAACUUCAGUUGAAACAAAA